GGCGCGGUCGCGGUUGUGUCAAAACAUUCAGUAGGUGUGUAGUUUGGUGUUUUUUUUUUUCUUCCCCUGUCGUUGCUUCUAAACAUAGAACAGCGUAUGAAAAAGGAAGCAACGCAAAGCAGCAACAUCUCGAAAAAUGGCGACCUACGUAGUGGUGCAGAGAACCUCGCUGGCCUUAUAGAACCGAACCGCCAACCACCACGGCACAGCUACACAGCCUCUGCGUGGGUGCAUAACCGUGCCAUACUGCAGACUGAUUCAUUGGGAUCGGAGCAUCGGCCAUAUCGUUUGUGUGUGUACUGCUGCUGCACAGCAUCUGAUAUUCAUUGAUGAUCGAGCGCGCUUGUGGAUUGUGGCUAGGCUUCUGCAACCUGUUUUUGGCUAGCUGCCUGGCUGCAUUUUUCUUCCCCUUGACCGUGGUGCACUCUUGCCUGGUGAAACAAAACGGGUUUGUCGGUCCGUGAACGCUACUCCGAGAUCUCCACCCCGUUCCGCCGAUGAUCUAGUAUACCAUCCUGCUGGUCUAUAAUAACGGUUUCCUCUCUGGUCCAGUGCUGCAUUUGCUCAACAAACGACAAUUUGAUAAGCAAACAGUAUUUAGCAGCAUCGCUUAGAAAAGGGAAGCGAGAGUCGCUAAUAUAAAACCACAAUGUCACGUGCUAAAUCGCGCAUACAAACGGACGUUUGCGGGGACUGUGGUAGUGCGGAUCCUUCCUGGGCAUCGAUCAACCGUGGCAUACUGCUGUGUGCCGACUGCUGCUCGAUCCAUCGCAGUCUCGGCCGGCACAUCUCGCAAGUGAAAUCCCUACGCCAGGGCAGCUGGCAACCGUCGGUGCUGAACUUUGUCAACCAGCUGAACGCACACGGUGCCAACAGCGUGUGGGAACAUCUGCUGCUCGAUUCGGCAGCUCCGAAAAGCUUGAAGCGCAAACCAACUCCCAAGGAUGCGGUACACCCGACCAAGGCAGACUUUAUCCGGGCCAAGCACGUUCAGCUAGCGUACGUCCUGAAGCCUACAUUUCAAGCCGAAGAGGGUAGCAGUUUGGAGCUGGAGCUAAGCAAACAGCUGCACGCCAGUGUGCGUGCCGGGAACUUAGAAACUUCCCUGCGAUUGCUCGUCCAGGGAGCCGAUCCCAAUUUCUAUCACGAAGAUAAAGGUUCCACCCCGCUGCACGUGGCCGUAAAGUCGGGCCAGCUGUCCCAGAUCGAACUGCUGCUGGUGUACGGAGCGGACGUAAAUGCACUGGACGCACAGGGAAACACACCGCUCGAGUUGGCCAAACAGGCGAAGCACAGUGUCAUUGCGGAACGUUUGCUGGAGGUGAUGUACGAGGUUACCGAUCGGCUGACGUUCUUUCUGAUUGGCAAAAAACCAAACCAUAUGUCCGGCCAGCAUCUCCUCAUCCCUGGCCAGUCGAAGAAGGAGAUGAGCGAACAGCUCAAAAUUGCCCGCGGCAAGCUGCAGCUCGUCCCGAACCGCAUGUUUGAGGAGCUGGUAAUGGAUCUGUACGAUGAGGUGGAUCGUCGCGAGACGGAAGCAAUAUGGGCCACGAGCGCCCUGAACCCAGACUCCGGAGCUGUGCCGUUUCUUCCCACCAAUCCGCAUCUGAGUGCCACAAGGAAUCAGGGACGUCAAAAGUUGGCCCGCUUCAGCCAGCAGGAAUUUGCCGGGCUGCUGAUGGACGUACUGCUCGAUGCACACCGCCGCCAGAAUAUGGCCAACCUGCGCCCGAUCGAUGGACCGUUGCCCGUUGGUUUGGCACAGCUAAAGGCGGCCGCACUAGCUCCGGCCCUGGGUGGUGGUAUCCGCGAUUCCAAUCUCUCGGACGAUGAGCCACUGUACGAUGCGGUCGCGUCGGACGAUGAUUAUGCUGCGUUGGCGCCGGUAGCGCAACAGGCCCUAGUAAACAAAUCGUCACCGGCGGCCGUUUCCAACGUGGAGGUGGAAACGUUGCGCCAACGGGUACAGGACCAAGAGCUGACCAUACACGAGCUGCGCAGCAUGAUACAAAAGCUGGCCUCGGAAAACAAUCAGCUUAAAUCGACCAUCGACACGAAGGACCACGAGGUGCAACUUCGCAUCGAUUCCCACCUGAACGGGUCCGGUACGAGCGAAGGUUCCCCGGAACGGGAUCCCAACACGCAGGAAGCGAGACAAGCGGCUGCAGCGGCUGCUGCUGCUGCUGCAUACGCCAAACGACCGGUCAGUAUGUACGAAACGCGUCAAACGCCACGCGACGAAGGACGGCCCCCGAUUACGCAAAGCCUCUACUCGAUGGCACCGGCAGCGAGUGGUGCGAUGGACCCGCCGGCAUCCGGCAACGUGAACGGUACCGGCCAGUUGCCCUCGUUCGAGGAGGUUAAACGCCGUACGGAUCUCGUUGCCCGGCGCAUCAAGGAUCUGUUUGCCGCCAUGAAGGAUCUAUCCCAGCGGGAAGCGUUCGUCCCGAGCGCGGAACGCAUCCGGCUAGCCGUGAUCGAUCUGAUGGCACUGUUUCCCGCCUCGCUCUGUGCAAGCGAAUCGGUUCGCGGUGCCCUGCAGCAGCUUAACUUCCACGGUAACCUUAUCCAGGCGGAGUGUGCCCGGCUGCAGCAGUGUUUGGCGGCCGAGGGUGCGACCGUACCGAAUGGUGCCAGUACGGGCAAACCGUUGGCCGAUAGUAUUCAGCAGAGCAUGGAGCAGGUGCGUGGCUGUGCGUACGAUCUGGCGAUGUCGACCAAAAUUCUCAUCACGCAUCUGCAGCAGCAGUCUUCUUAGCUGUUUUGGAUGUUGGGUGACGAAGUGACCAACGGUCGGUUUAACAUUUUUCACACCCAUCUUUGUACUCACCAUUUACGAACAAAAAAGAAAAAAAGCAAAGGGGAAACUGUUUUUCCCCCCCGGUUUCUUAAGGCAUCUUAACCAGCAAAACCUCUCUUUUCGACGGCAGCUAAUUACCACCCCAGUGAGGGAACCAAACCCCGAACGCCCAUUCGCACAACCCGUUUCCCCAUAGGGACAGAGUCAGCACCCGAACAGUAUUCGUAGUCAAUCAAAUGCUUUUCCCCGCCACACACGGUUUGCGGUUUUGCAAUGCAAUGCUCUAAACAAAUGUUGCUUGCACGGUACGCAUAUCAUUUAUCCCCAAAGUGCCAAAAGAGGAACACACAGGUUAAACACUCUUACUGAUUCCCUAUCGAGGUGUACGCCAUUUGCAAUAUUUGUACCAAUCGUACAAACAAUCAUAGAAAUCAUGUUUUAAUAUAUUUGAACCUGACCAAUACGCCCGCUAGUUUAAAAGCCUCCAUUAAAAAUAGAUUAAUUUUAACAACAAACAGUGCGAACUACAUCGUUGCUGUGAGCAUUGAAUGAGAUUUUAUAACGAAUAAUAUUAUGCUUCGUUUUGUGUUGUACUACUACUACUACUACUACAAACCGAGCAUGACAAUAAGAUUGGAGGGCCGAUUUGCGGGUUUGCUCAAAGGGUUUUCUUUUGCAAACAAACAAAAUAAUAUAGCUGCAAUUAUAUACAAAUCGUAUUGAAUGUUUUUCUACCGCUCGAAAACUCCAUGAAACGGUACAGUAACAUUACACGCUAGAAGUAUUUAUCAGCAGUUGCAAUUUGUACGAGAGAUAUACAUAUUACCCUCUAAAACAAUCAAUGAUGUUUAUAUAAAAUAACAAAUGGACGAUUAAAACAGGGUUGUACCUGGCGCGGCAUUUCUAAA